UGAAGAACAGAAGUAGUUUUGGUCAGUUGAACGAUGACUCAUCUGUUGGGUCGCCAGGACUGUAUCGACAGUCUUCGCAGAGAUCUUAUUGAUUUACAGGGAGCGGUUCUGGAUGUGUUUUCUAAGACUGGACCAGUCCGUUUCCCAUCAUGGAAGUUUCCCGAUAAACUAUCAUGUAAUCUGGACUUGGUCAGCCUUUUAGAAGAGUAUGAUUAUGUGGACGGAGAUGAAGAGUUCAGUCAGCACUCGCAUAUAGUCCUGCAAGAGCUGCUGAUUGACAGAUUAAUGCUUCUUCUUCAGAGUUUUAACGUUCAUGCUGAGCUGCUGCUUGAAAAGCAGAGAGUUUUGUCAUCUGAUCAACAUGAAGCCUCUGUUUCCAUCGGUCCCGUGGUCAAAUGCUACUGGAGGAACCUGCUUCAGCUCAGCUGGCAACAAGCAAAAGAGAGUACCAGUAGUGGACAGCAACCUCCAUCUCAACAAAGUCCAUCCAUUACCAGAACAGCAGCAAACACUACUACCAGUAAUACACACAAGACACAGAGCACCUCCAUGACCAGUGUCCAGAAAACCAUCACAGAUACCCCAGUUUCAACUCCUCAGCAUGAGAGAGCAUCCACUGCAGGCUCAUGUGUGUCCAUUCACACCGUAGGCUGUCAGACAGUCGAGUCGUCCCUGGUGCCCUGCGAGGCCUGUGCUUGUGUUCAGGCGGUUCUGAAAGAGAACAGUGGUGCUUUAGUGUCACUGUGCCAGUCUCUGGGUUUGCCUUGCUCCAUGCAGGGCUUCCUGGAAGCUGUGGAGGAAACUCAGCAGCUGGGCCGCUUGUCUGCAUGUGACAUUGCUCAAUGGGCAAGUGAGCAGCGUAGGGAUAUGAGCCGUGUGGGGAAACAUGUCCUGGAGGUGAGAGAAACAGUUGAGCCUCUGAAGAAGAAGCUGAAAGAGACAGAGAUGGAGCGAGAGAAGCUGAGAAAACAGCUAUCAGAUGUGGUCAAAACAGAGAAGGAGGAGAGGAAGAAGAUGGAGGAGGAGCGGGAGCGCAGAAUGCAGGAAGUGAAAUCCAGGGCAGAGGAAGCAGUAAGGAGGUUAAAGCAGGAGGAGGAGGAGUUAAAGAGAGGCAUAACAUUGUUGGAGCAACGAAAUUCUGAACUCAUGGCUGAACUGAAUUUGCAAACAGAAGCAAAACAGAGUCUUGAAUAUGAGAGGGCUACACUACAAGAGGAGGUUCAUCGUCUACAUUCACUGGAGACCAUGUUAAGAGAGGUAGAGGAGAGCAGACAAAACCUGGAGAAGGAGCUCAGAAGUACACAGACACUGCUGGACAAGGAGAGUGCCAAGAACCACAGUGUUCAACACCAAAAUGAGGCGCUUCAAGUGAAACAGGCAGCUCUGCGUAAGCAUCUGGAUGUACUGGUUCAGCAGACUGAAGAUCUACAUGGCAGUCUGGAAGAAUGUGAGGAUGAAAAAGCUGAUCUUGCUAACAAACUAACACAGAUCAUACAAGAAAAAGAUGCACUUCAGGAGCAGUUCACACAGCAACAGUCCCACUGUAGUUCACUGAGUACUGAGAAACAGCAGCAGCAGACACAGAUCACAGAACUGGAGGAGAGUGUGUCUCGUCUGAAAGAGAUGCUAGAAGAAGCCUCCCAGAGAGAGAGGAUACUGGUGGCCUUUCCUGAGCUCAGUCCACAAGCAGCCCCUCAGACUACAGGGGAUGUGAUUUGUGAUAUGGAGCAGCAGCUCAAGGCGAACUCAGUGAGGAUCAGGAUUCUGCAGCAGGAGAACACCACCCUGAGUAACAGUCUAACCAGACUGAAGGACAGAGAGGAGAAACUUCAGAGGUCUUCAGACUCUGGGAUAGUGGAGAUAGACAGGGGCAGAGAAGCUCCAGUGAUGGGACCCCUGGACAACCCUAGCACCCCUUCUAGUGCCUCAACUCCCAUCUCCCCUUCAUCCAUUCUUCAUCAUCAGACACUUAGCCUCUCUCUCCAUCAAGAUGUAGAAGAAAGAUACAUGAACAUUCGUCAGGCUGCUCGCACCCGUUCUGCAGGCACACGUCGCAGGAGGAAGUGAUGUCACUUAAUGACCUUAUAGGUCUGGACUCUGGAGCACUGAUCAGAUCUUAGAUGCAAAUAAUACUAUAUAAAUCAGUAGUCUGGAGUUUGAGAUAUUAAUAUAACACUUGUGAUGUUCAGUUGUAUGAUAAUAUUGUAUUUAUGUCUUGACCAUAUAUAUACUCACUAUACAAAACGAAAGUGAAAGUCCUCCUCCUUUUAUGUCAUAUCUCAUGCAGUUUGAUUGGUUCCCGCGCUUUUCUCCUUUUUGAAUACUUGUAAUAAGCUAGACCGAAUUGGGGCUGAAUUUAUUUUAUAUUUUCCAUGUUUGUUUUAGAUGGUGGUAGCUAGUAAAACAUGUAACGUCACUUGUUUGUACUCUACGGUUUUGUCAGAUGAGUAUGUGGAUUAAGCAAUCGCCCAUGCAUGCGUGGGGUUUUGCGCAACUGUAUUAAUUUAUUGUCUUUAACUUGGACUCUUCAAACUGUAAAUUAAGAUUUCGUCGUAUGUGGUAUUUGUAUCGUGGUUUCUGCUUGACAC